CCCCCCAUUCGGGUGGAGACAUCAGACUUCCUGCUCAGGCCCGGCAGGCACACUAGACACAGGCUGCAAGUUGGGGCGGCUCAAAUCUCCAGCAGGGCCAGGGUGGAUGAUGGCAGGUAGAGGCAGCCAUCUCAGCACCAGGAUGUCUAUUGACAACAUUGUCAAUGAGACUAUAUUCAGUCACUACAGAAAACAUAAGGUGGAGAUGGCAAAUGCAAUAAAAAAACCAUUUCCUUUCCUUGAGGGCCUCCGAGACCGUGGUUUCAUCUCUGAUAAACUGUAUGAAGAUUCGGAGGAGUCUUGUAGAAACCUGGUCCCUAUACAAAAAGUAGUGUACAAUGUUCUCAAAGAACUGGAGAAGACAUUUGACCUGCCACUUCUGGGUGCAUUGUUCAGCGAAGUCAACAAGAAGGAAUACCCUGAUUUAACUCACAUUUGCAGAGGCUUCGAAGAUGUGAUCAAAGAGAAACUCCAUCUCCAAGAACAUGAGAAAGAGAUGCCCAACAUCCAACCAAGCCUCGAGCAAGGAACUGGUGAAAACUUUCUUCAAAGCCUGCCCUGGCUGCGUACAGAUUCCUCAUCUCGUGUUGAUACAACCCCACCCGAAAAAAGACUCUCAGAACGUUUCAGUGAAAUAGAAAAGAUAAAUGCAAAGAGAGAAGAUCCAACCAGUGACAAAAACAAUGCACCAGAAAGCCCACAAGCCAAGGAAAGAUGUGCCCAAGAGUCUGAGCCAUCAGGGUCUUCUGAACAAGUAGCUAUCCAAGUGAAUAAUGGAGAUGCAAGACAGGAGGUGCCCAGCCCAUUGCCCAGUAAUGAAGAAGGGGCAGAGCUAUCCACACGUGGAGUUCAAACUAAUUCCUGUUCUGUGCACCUGGUGGAUAUAAAGAAGGAAAAGACAUUUCAUUACCAAGGAGUACAAGCAAGCACUAACAGAGCCCAGGCAUCAGAUGUAAUAGUGAUCAGCAGUGAGGACUCUGAAGAAUCCAAUGAGGAGGGAGAACCCCUAGAAGCUUACACCUCAGCACCGACAAAUUUGCCUGAAUUAAGUGAGGGAGAGGAGCCCCAAGAAGCCACUUGCUCACAAUUCUUGAUGACGCCAGGGACACCAGAGCGCAGGGAUUUCAGAGAAUCACCUGUAUUCGGAAAAAGCUCUCGAAAAAGGGUGGCAAGACUCAUCAACUUUUCAGAAUCCAGUGAAGAUGAAGAGCCCUGGAAAACCUGUCACUCAGCAGUCAGAAGUGGACCUGAUUCUGGCCAGAUCGGAAACAAGCCUAUCUGUGAGAAACGCUCCAGAAUAAGACGCAUUAGUGAUGACUCUGUAGAACUGAGUAAUGGAGAAGAGCUCCAGGAAGACUCAAGUAACGGGUCAGGGAGUGUGAGAGGCAGACCCAGAAACCACUUAGCUCAGAGAAGCAGAGUCCUACUGAAAAAAGGCCAAGUAAGAGGGAUAAAGGGAAUCAACAAUGCACCUUUGAAAAUAAGAAGAAAAAGAGGCCCAAAUAUUCCCAGAGACAAAAAUGUGGAUUUUCGAUCUUCUGAACUUCCUGUGACCUGUGGUAAGGUGAAGGGGAUUCUGUAUACGGAGAAGCUGAAACAAGGCUCCUCGAGUCUGUGUAUACAGACUGAAGACGGAAGAUGGCUUACCCUCAGGCAGUUCGAAAUCGAAGGCAACCAUGAGAAGUCAAAGAACUGGAAGACGAGUGUGCGCUGUGGUGGAGAGACUCUGCUGUCGCUGAUAAAGGGGGGAUUUCUACAAGACCCACCGAGAACAAGAAAAAGGAGAAGACUGGAGUUUUCCAACAAUGACUUAAGUGACCAUUAUGCACUGCUGCAGAUCCAAGGAUCCUCCAGUUCAGGAACUCCUCCCCGAGCCCUUUCUUCAACUAUGGGGAGACUGUGGCCAAGAAAGCAGACUGCAGUGAUUUCUCAGCCAGAAAACUCAAAUCAUUGUGAGGUGUGCCAGGAUGGAGGAUACCUGUUCUGCUGUGACACCUGUCCAAAAUCAUUUCAUGAGGAUUGUCACAUCCAGCUUGUGGAAGCUGAGAGGGAUCCGUGGAGUUGCAUCUUCUGCAAGAUAAAGGCUAUUCAGAACAGGUGCCCAGAAAACCAACCAUGUCAUCAGGAAUCUGAGAUCCUGAAGAGGCAGAUGCUGCCUGAGGAAAAGCUGAAAUGUGAGUUCCUCCUCUUAAAGGUCUAUUGCUGGGCAAAAAGCACCUUUUUUGCCAAUGAACCACAUUAUAGUAGACAGAGUUCCCAGGGCCCAAGGGAACCCAUGUGGUUGAACAAAAUCAAGGAGAGGCUGAAGCAGCAGCAUUACCACCAAGUGGACGAGUUUGUGCAAGACAUGCGCCUCAUCUUUCAGAACCACAAGGCAUAUUACAGGGACCAUAAGUUUGCCAGGCUGGGACUUCAACUAAAGGCCAUAUUUGAGAAGAAUUUCAAAGACAUUUUUGCAAUUCAGGAAACAACAAAUAAGAGCAGUUUCCAGUUUGGGCCCAUUUUUUUGUUAUAGUCACUGAUUUCUGUCAUCCCCUUGAGACCUUCCAGCAGCCUUUGGGUAACUUGCCUCUGGCCCCACUGAUCACUCUGCAUGUUCUUUUACAAGCACCACCAUGUUGUUGUUAGGUACCUCUAUUUGGCUCUGACUCAUGGUGACUCAGGGCAACCGUAUGUACAACAGAAUGAAACGUUGCCUGGUCCUAUACCAUCCUCGCAGUAGCAGGCACGUUGGAGCCUGAGACGGAUUGUCCAAUAAGCAAAAAGCCUGGUGCUUACCUUGCUUGCCGGAUCAUCUGUAUUGAACGAUUUCACAUUUUUUCACCACAUCAAAGAUUCUGGUUCUAGGUAUGGCUGGUGUCUGUUUCCCCCCCAACCCCACAGCACCUUGUUCCAGAAUCAAAGCCUCUUUUUAAAUUCACAGUCCCUGACAGGGGCAGAAGAUCCAGUAAGCAAAGUAAGCACAGGCUUACUUAUUGAUCUGUAGUGAACAAUUUCACUACAGAUGAUCUGGUAAGCAAGGUAAGCACUGUGCUUCCCUUGCUUAAUGGGUAAUCUGCCUGUGAUUUGAGCCCAUUGUUGCAGCCACUGUGUCAAUCCAUCUUGUUGAAGGUUCUUUCUCUUUUUUGCUGACCCUCUACUUUAUCAAGCAUGACCUCACCAUCCUCGCUUCUACAGAGCAUUCUGGCUGUACUUCCUCCAAGACAGAUUUAUUCAUUCUUCUGGCACCAUCAUAACACACCACCAUAGCACACUUAUCUUUCAAACAUUUUUGGUGCUAUUCCUCUUCAUUAAUUUUUUCCAAAUAAAAUUUAGAACCAAAAGCAUGGAUGAGAAGGUUGAUGGACCAUAAGACUACAUCAAUAAGAAUGGAACAACUAGAAAGGAGAUAAUGAGAAUGUUACACAAUGUGAAGAAUGUUACUAAUGUCACUGAACAUUAUGUGUAGAAAUUGUUAAAUGAGAACCUAUUUUGCUGUGUAUACUUUCACAAAGCCCUCCCCAAAAAAACCCCGUUGCCGUCCAAUCAAUUUUGCUUCACAGCAACCUUACAGGACAGAGUAGAACUGCCCCAUAGGGUUUCCAAGGAGCAGCUGGUGGAUUUGAACUAUGGAUCUCUUGGUUAGCAGCCUGAGCUCUUAAGCACUGUGCCACCAGGUCUCCACUGCAAGCUAUAAAACUGCUUAAAUGCAACAGAAGUGUGUGGCAUGAUUCAUGUUGCAUCAUCAUGUCAUCCAGACCCUUCGAUUUGGGUGCUACCCUAUAUGACAAAGGAUUUGGGGAGCUGAUACUCUUGUUCUUGAUUUUGCUGUCUAUGUAAGUAAUAAACUAUUUGACUCUAAAUAGGGCUUAUUGGGUUUUUUUUACCAGCCAAAUCUGUCAGUCUUGCUUAACAGGUUCCCUGACCCAAUGUACUCUGGUUAUGGGGAAAAGGGUGCCAUAUAUUGGUAGCUGGUUCAGAGUAUACACUACACCUUUCAGGACAAUAACCCAGCCUUGGAAAUUUUUUGUCUCUAGCUGGUGCCAAAUUUGGGCCUCCAACACAGUAAUAAAAUUCCAUUGCUGGAGUAAUUUGCCCAGGUAAGCCCAGAUGACACGCCCUUCAACAAAGCACUAAGAAAUUCAUUGGUGUGGGGGCAGGGGCCUAACUACAGAAAAUAUUGCCUAGGACAAUUAGUGUUAAAUUGCUGAAGGACAUCUCAUAGCCGGCAGUGGAGACUCUGACAGUCAAUAGAAACUGCUAAUUGGUGCCCCGUCUCAAGCUGUGCCCAGGGCACGCAUGCAAUGCCCAGGGCACAGCACCCUACCUGCCCUCCUAGGCAAACCUCUGAGUGGGGGUACUGGCAUUUCUGAGAACCUCACUUUCGGCUGCCUUCUGUGAACUGGAGUUGACACUAGAAGAUUAAAAAAAAAAAAAAAUUGAUGGUACCAUGUAAUUGAGCUUCUUAGUAUGAGAGGAGCUAAUAGGACUCUAGAAUGGGAAGGCCACCAUAGCAUUACAUAACCAAUGGAGACAAGGUGGAUGUAAUUACACUAAUGAGCAGCAAAAGCAGAGUGGCAAUUAGGAUACUUUAACUUGAGGAGAUCUAUAGCAACAGCUAACAAACCAUAGUGUUGCAGGAAGUGAGACAGACAGGCAGCCAUAAAGAUUGUUCUUUGACUAGUAUAACUAGAAAAAAUCAAGAGCUGGUGAAAGAAAGCUUGUAUCUAACACCACAAAGGGAACUUGAGAUUUCUCGUGCAGUUUUUAAAUCUAAGCCAUUUCACAGACUCAGAGCCCAUUGAUUGAAAGGGUCUACAUGCCACAAUUAUAAUCAACAAAUAGCACCCAGUCCUUCCCCAAAGGGACAUGCAGCCUUUUGUCAGAGUACCUAAAAAAGGGGAAUACCAGUCCAUUCAGGGCCUGUUAAAUAGAAGGUCUGAGUGAAACUUAUAUAAAGAAACUGAAAACACCAUCAUGACCCUCUCAAUAGAUCCUUAGGGAAGCCAGAAGACAGAGUACUAACCUAAGUCAAACUCAUAGUGGGUCCACUGGCUUCAUGGAUCCAACCUGUGCUUAUUUCUCCAGUCCGCAUGUACAUAUUGGGGUCAAUACACUUAGCAACUGGCAGAACCCCCAUUAGUUCCCUGGCCUUUGGAAUAAAAUCUAUUGUGGUAAGAAAAGCAAAGUGAAAAAAGCAAAGUGAAGGCCCUGAUAAAUGUCACCUCCAGCCAAAAGAGUGGAAAUGCAAGAUUAGUUAGCACUGAUCUCAAAACUUAAAGGAUACAGAGUGGUACCCAUCAUAUCCCAGUUCAAUUCACCUGUUUCCUUUGCAAAAACCUAGUAGAUCAUGGUGUAUGACAGGGUAUGUCUAACCACAUAAUGGCCCAGUUGAGGCUGAAAUGCCAAAUGUGAUUGUAUUGUUAAAACAGAACAACACAUUUUGGUAUUUGGUAUGCAGCUAUUGAGAUGGCAAAAGCAUUCUUUUAAACUCUUAUCAGUAAGGAGUUUACUUUUACAUCGGAGAGACAGAAACGCACCUUCAUAGCCCCAGAGUUAUGUUGACUGUUGUGCUUCCUGUUACAACAUAGUCCUCAGGGACUUUUUCUCAGGGAUGUUUCACAGACUAUCGUACUUUCCACUAUACAGGCCUGGUGAACAGGAUGGGACAAGUACUCUGGAUUCCCUAGUAAGACACAUGUGUGCCAAAACAAAAAAAUAUAUUGCCAAGUUAAUUCCAAUUCAUAGCAACCCCAUGUGUUACAGAGUAGAACAACUCCAUAGGGUUUUUCUGGUUGCAACCUUCAAGGAAGUAGAUUACCAGGGCUUAGGUAAAGAUUUAAGUUGUUUUUGUGAGAUAUUUAACUACGAAUUCAAUUUUUAGUAAUUAUAGGACUAUUCAGUUUAUCUAUUUCUUCCUGAAUGAGCUUUGGAAGUUUUGUCUUUCAAGGAAUUUGUCCAUUUUAUCUGAGUUAAAUAAUUUAAUGGCAUCAAGCUAUUAAUAAUAUUCCUUUAGUAUCCUUCGGACAUGUUAUCAGGAGGGACCAAUCCCUGGAGAGAGACAUCAUGUUUGGUAAAGUAGAGGGUCAUCGAAAAAGAGGAAGACCCUCAGCAAGAUGGACUGACACAGUGGCUACAACAAUGGGCUCAAACAUAUCAACAAUUGUGAGAAUGGCACAGGACCGGGCAGUGUUUCCUUCUGUUAUGCAGCACUUACUAAUAAAGAUCAAAGACCACAGCCUUCAGUAUGGAUUGCACCUCAAUAUAAAGAAAACAAAAAUCCUCACAACUGGACCAAUGAGCAACAUCAUGAUAAACGGAGAAAGGAUUGAACUUGUCAAGGAUUUCGUUUUACUUGGAUCCACAAUCAACAGCCAUGGAAGCAGCAGUUAAGAAAUCAAAAGAUGCAUUGCAUUGGGUAAAACUGCUGCAAAGGACCUCUUUAAAGUGUGAAGAGCAAAGAUGUCAUCUUGAAGACUAAGGUGCGCCUGACCCAAGCCAUGGUAUUUUCAAUCACAUCAUAUACAUGUGAAAGCUGAACAGUGAAUAAGGAAGACCAAAGAAGAAUUGAAGCCUUUGAAUUGUGGUGUUGGCAAAGAAUAUUGAAUAUACCAUGGACUGCCAAAAGAAUGAACAAAUCUGUCCUAGAAGAAGUACAGCCAGAAUGCUCCUUAGAGGCAAGGACGGCAAGACUGCAUCUUACAUACUUUGGACACGUUGUCAGGAGGGAUCAGUCCCUGGAGAAGGACAUCAUGCUUGGUAGAGUGUAGGGUCAGCAGAAAAGAAGAAGACCUUCAAUGAGGUGGAUUGACAUAGUGGCUGCAACCACGAGCUCAAGCAUAACAAUGAUUAUAACGAUGGCUCAGGACCGGACAGUGUUUCAUUCUGUUGUGCAUAGCGUUGCUAUGAGUCGGAACCAACUCGACGGCACCUAACAACAACAGCAACAAUUAUUUGAGUCACAAAUAGUUCACGUGAAACUUUUCUUUCUGGCACUAACUAGAUAAAGAACUAGAUGUUUUUUGAGGUCAUUUCAUAUUUGUGACCAAAUGAUAUCAUCCAACAGCAGAAUACUUAGCUUUCUCUGGUCUACAGAAGACACAGUGUAAUGUGAAAAACACACCAUAAAGUCAACACUUUAAUAUCAAGAGGAAUGACAAUAUACAGUUUAAAAAACAUUAUAAUUUUGUUAGAUAUUUCAACUAAAACAUCAGUAUAUGAGCACAUAUAUUCGAUCACCCUAACAUUAGUAUAUGAAGACACAUAUUCAAUGAGUAGGAAACCCUGGUGGCGUAGUAGUUAAGUGCUAACCAGGAGAUCUGCAAUUCAAAUCCACCAGGCGCUCCUUGGAAACUCUAUGGGGCAGUUCUACUCUGUCCUAUAGGGUUGCUAUGAGCCAGAAUCAACUCUCAACUCUACGGCAAUGGGUUUGGUUUUUUGUUUUGUUUUUUUUUUAAUUCAAUGAAUAGGACCUUGCAACCCCUCAUUUUCUAAAGUGCCAGGUGAAGUAAAUGCAGAGAAUACGUUCCCAGCGUUAACUGGACCAUUGCCUGUGGAUGUACUCAGGUUAAAACACAUAAAAAAAAAAAAAAAAAAAAAAAAAGC